AUGGCGUACUCGGUUUUGAAAGCUCAGUACAUCAGAGUGCUAAUACUUGAACCGAGUGCCCAAGAUGACUCUGUCAUAACCUGCUCACUCGCGCCACUGUCAUUGUCAGAAAUUGCCAGGCCUCAGUACGAAGCGCUGUCGUACGUUUGGGGCGAGGCAGCUGAGCGGAAUGAGAUACUACUUGACGGUAAAUUAACGUCAAUCACUCGAAAUCUCUGGACAGCAUUGAAGUACAUCCGCCAGACGGACGCUUCUCGAACCCUUUGGAUAGAUGCAAUAUGCAUCAACCAAAAUGAUAUAAAUGAGCGUAAUGAGCAAGUCAGGCAGAUGGGCCGAAUCUACUCUCAAGCGUCGUGCGUUCUCAUUUGGCUUGGACCCCCAGAUGCUGAGAUUGAAAACACUAUGUUGGCCCUCCAGAUCGAAGGUGCUUUAGAAGGUCGACAAUACGAGCAGUUUCCCAAAGAUAUAGCGCUUGGACUUCAGAGGAUUCUGUCGCGGCCGUGGUGGCAUCGUAUAUGGGUAAUACAGGAACAUGUGCUUGCCAAUGCAGAUGCGAUAGUUGGGUGUGGACAUACAUGGCUCGGAUGGACGCAGCUCUCGAGUGCAUUGCUAGAUUAUUCUCGUCGUAAGAUGGAUGAAAGUGGGACCUUCAUACACGACGCAUCUUCGACGUGGGUAGCGGAUCCAUUUGCGAUUAUACGGCAUGUAUCUCUCAGGAAGCAAUGGAAUGACAAAGAUAACUCUUCCGAAACGAGUAGAACGCUCGCUGAUAUAGUGGAGCGUACGAGAGGAUAUCAAGCCACCGAUAAGCGUGAUCAAGUGUUCGCCAUUAGGGAUCUAUUGCGCGAAGAGGAUAAAGAGCGAUUCCCAGCUCCAAACUACGCGAGGUCGGCCAGCGAAGUCUAUCAAGAAGCCACAAUUGCCUUCAUCCAGAGCAGCAAAAAUCUUGCCUUCUUACUCCAUGCUGUUGAAAAAGACGAUGUGGAACUUGGAUUGCCAUCCUGGUGCGUGGACUUCUCCAAACGAUUAUGGGACUGGGGCACUUAUGGAAAUGUCGGAGGUUAUGAUUUGGGCGGAUGCGAUGAAAGUGAGGGAACUCGAAAUUAUAUGAGCGUGCUCUCCCACAACAUAUCUGUAGGCACAUUGAAGGUGUUGGGAGGCGUUCUUGGACAAGUCAUCAUGUCAAGGCCGCUCAUUCCCCCCUCAGCCUGGGAUCAAAGCCAGAUCACGUUCGUAGGCGAUGGCCAACCUCACCCUUCGAUAGAGGUAAAAGCCAGAAAUCUCUGGGUAGUCACGCAGCUCAUAAAGGAGGUCCUUUAUCAGAGCGCAAUUUCGUUCAAAAUUUGGGAACGUCAGCAUGGCGUGCAAACAGCAAAAGAGCGACUAGCUGCUGGGGAGGUCUGGGAGAUAGUUUUUGGAGGUGGCAUACUCUUCAAUAUUGUCGACGCCGUUUGUGCCCACGCCGGGAUUGAACAAGUGGAUGGCGAUGAUAGACCUUAUGAGUAUUGGGUCAUUGAGGCCUUUGUCCGGAUGGCUUACCCGUGGUAUACUGAUACUAUCGUAAAGAUGGGCUUCCUCUACCCGACACCUGAGCUUCCAGACAGCCCCAGGCUGAGAAGGGCACUGUGGGAAACUUUAAUGCUGAUGACGCAAGUCAGUAAUGACAAGUGGUGGUUUGGAACCGAGACGGGUUAUGUCGGCCGUGUAGAGCGCGAGGUCAAAGAGGGCGAUCAACUUUGCACAAUUUUCGGCUGCAGACAACCUCUUGUGCUUAGGCCAUGCGACGGCGGUUCUCAAUUGAUCGCUGUACCUUAUUCUAAAGACUUUAAUGACCAGUCACGUAAGUCCGAGGUCAAGCGAGAGGUUUUUACUCUUCGAUAA